ACAAAGUUUGCUUCAUAAGUAAUUAAGGUCCUUUACACAAAGGGUGUCUCAGGUCCUCCAGGCAACCUGAGAAAGGGUAUAAAUACUCUGUCCACGAAAGGCUUUUCUAACUACCACUCUUGACUUGUUCUCUCCGGUACACUGAGCACUCCCCUACCGCCGCCAGGCAAUGGCUUCCAACCAGCUGGCAUGCACCAACCCCUGCGAGGCAAAGUGUCCCCAGCCCCUGGCCACCAGCAGCAACGAGCCCUGCGUCGUGGCCUGUGGUGACUCCCGGGUGAUUAUAUACCCACCACCCGUCGUCGUCACCUUCCCAGGGCCCAUCCUCACCACCUACCCACAGCAAACCAUCGUGGGAGCCUCAGAGCCCUCUGAGGUGGCGCUGGCAGAGCCACCAGCCACAGCACCUCUGCCAGCAGAGGUGACAGGGAGGCUGGAAGCAGCUGUUGACAAACUUGCCCCCCAGGUCAUUGCCCGACCUGAGCCACGGUGUACCCCAAAAUACUCCUACACCUAUUCUUCCCAAUGGACACAUCCAUGCAAUUCAUACCGCUCUGCGAAACAGUGGACAUACUAAGUUCAGCCAUGGUGUGCACAGAGCAAUUUAAAGAAGCAGCAAAGGAAACUUGAGAUGCAAAUUGGCGGUGGAGCUGAUAGGCACCAGCCUGAGUGCUGGGUGUUGUCUCCCUCCAGCUGAAAAGAAUGAGAGCUGCAAAUACUCAGCACCUGUGAAAGGCAGGCUCAUGUGUGCAUUUUCUCAUUUUGCCUUUAGUUUAGAGCUGUUAUCCUCUGGCUUUCCAGUUUAGUCAUCUGCUUACAUUGUGCUUUCUCUUAUUUCAGUUAUAUUAUUGACACUGAACUUAGAGAGGUGACUUAGGAUGCUAGAAAUUGCACACAGCAACUGCACCAAAGCAGAAAAAACAUUUUUCAUAGACUGCAUCACUUUGACCCUGGUCAUUAGCCAGAGCUUCAUUGAACCCCUGGAAAGAUGGUCUUUAUAAUCUGUACAAUUUUGUUCCAGAAUUGUAGAAAAGCUGUCUCUUUCCAAAUAAAUUUUCUGUAGCAAAGUA